AUGUAUUAUACAUCAUUUGGGACGUCUGGAAGGCCGCGAAAAUGGGAAGAGAAUGAUGAAGAGAAUGAGAAACAAAAGGACGAGGAGGAGGAGGAGGAGGAGGAGGAAGAAAAGGCAGAGAUACAUAGAGAAGCAUCUGGAAGCAUCCAAAAUGAAUCAAGAAGAGACUCACAACAGUUUGUUUACAAAGCAGUUUACAUCUACGGUCAGCCAGUUACACAGUUAGUAAUGCUGCUCCCAACCCACCCAACUGGCCGGCAACUCUACAGUCAUGUGCAGGCUGCACCUACGGACAAAUUUCUCAAUCACUCCAUUGAUGAACUUCAGUGGACACAGACCACUGUUCCUUUAGGCUAUAUGACUGGUAUUCGCACAUCCACCCUUCCCGCUGGUUCGGUGGUGUGGGCCUCCACACAGCCAUCCUCAUCACUCUACCAGCAUCCCCGUUCCCUCUCAGCAUCUGCCGAUCAGGUUAAGGUAGUCUUCUUUAAUAGCACCCAUUAUGGUGAAGCUCCAGCAGACCCAGAACCCCCACCUGGUCCAGCAGACCCAGAACCCCCACCUGGACCAGCAGACCCAGAACCCCCACCUGGUCCAGCAGACUCAGAACCCCCACCUGGACCAGCAGACCCAGAACCCCCACCUGGACCAGCAGACCCAGAACCCCCACCUGGACCAGCAGACCCAGAACCCCCACCUGGUCCAGCAGACCCAGAACCAUAUGUUAAGCGGCUUGUGGACGUACUGGGAGACGUUGGACAGCUUGAAGACGUACUGGGAGAAGUAGGAAAGCUUGUGGGCGUACUGGGAGAUGCUGGACAGCUUGAAGACGUACUGGGAGAUGUAGGAAAGCUUGUGGACGUACUGGGAGAUGUAGGAAAGCGUGUGGACGUACUGGGAGAUGCUGGAAAGCUUGUGGACGUAUUGGGAAACGUUGGAGAGCUUGAAGACGUACUGGGAGAUGUAGGAAAGCUUAUGGACGUACUAGGAGACGUUGGAGAAGGUGGAAGACAGGCACCAGAUGGCUUGCUGCUGAGUUCCAGAAAGGACCAGAAAAGGACUGUCGACAGUGUCUCACAUCGACCUCGGUAA